AUGACAAAUCCGGAAGAAAGCACUAGUAAUGCUAGUAAUGCUUCAACUUCACAAAAUGCUUAUAAUGGAUCUUGGUUUGAUGAUACAGUUAAAGAAGAAGACUCUCAAACUUUCAAUUUGAAACAAAAAUACAAAGAAUUAUUGGAAAAAACUGGAGUUCGUGAUUUUUCUUCUUUAUCAGUUGUUUCAUUUCUUGGUUUGUCACAGAAUGAAACAACAACAAAUGUUAGUUCAGUUGCUAAUGCCAUUAUUGAAAAGAACGUUUUUGGUCAGAAUAAAUGUAUUGAUAAUCAGUGCAAGUAUCAUCCUAAUAAAGCAACUCUUCUUAUACAAAAUGGAAAAAAUAGUGGAUUAUGGAUGUAUUGUGAUCUAACAAAAAAUACCGUUUAUCUAUUGAUCGAUUCAAUUAAUGAAUCUGAGACACUUUUGACACUUUUGGAAGAAGUAAGACCCAUUAUAAAUAAUGAGCGAGAUUUUCAAAACUGGAUGUUGAAACAUGAACAUAAUUAUUAUCAAAUGCUUAUUUAUAUGUUUAUGUUAUCUCAUGUGGUGGCGUUAGAAAUACCAUCUUCGUAUGGUGCAAUUAUGUCUCCUGGUAGAUGUGUUCCUUUCCUUAUCUUUUUAUUUCAAGAGGUAAAUAAUCAAUUUCAAAACCCCAAUAAAUCAGAAAACAACUUUGACAGAACAAUCCCUGGUAAUAUUAAAAGGAUUAAAGAAGCUUUACAAUCACGUAUUCGUUAUUUAUUUCGUACAUGUCAUCUUGUCCAAACCAGUGAUUUACAUGCUACUUUUGAUAGUCGACAACUUUUCACACUUCCACCUCCUUCAUCCCAAUUCUUUGUUCAUUUAAUUACUCGUGGAUCUACCGGAAAUUUUCUUUCUCCAAAUCCUUCCUUGGCUUUAUUAACAAACAUCAAAUCAACAACUUUUCAAGAAAAUACCAAUACCACCACUACCACAUUGAGCAUUGAUGCAUUAAUUAAAAGACGAAAGGCAGAAUCAAGGAGUGCUGAAAAUUUUGAAAUUAAAUUAUUAAAAGACUUUGCUCUUGGCUGGUUCAAGUGGUCAGUUACUGGUUACCCAAGAAGUUUUGUGAAACGCGGACUUACGUUUAGUGAGCUUCCUAAUGGAAAACAGUGGAUAUCUGGUUGUAUAGCUUUAAAAGAAUUGUUAUUUGGUGAUUUUGGAAAAGAAAUUUUGGAGAAGAAAAGUUUUAAUUUGAUAGAUGAUGUUAUAAAACGUCGUUUACAAGAUUGUUUACAAAUUAAUGAUAGAUUUUCUGCAAAUCAUUGUGCUCAGGCUUUAAGAAAAGCUAUUGAUAUCUAUUUAUUAGAAUCGCCUACUUAUUAUCCUCAAAAAUAUCAUAAAAUGAAGUUGGAGCAUGCGAUGCAAUUUUAUUUAGCUUCCGCUCGUGGACCCUGUAUACAAGAAUAUGCUCAAAAGUUACAAAUUGAAUGCCAAAAUAUUUGGGAACGCGGUAGACAAAAAUGUGAAAAAAAGAGUCUUUCUGGACAUGAAUGCGUAUUAGGAGCAAAUCAUUAUGUUGAUAGUGAUAAAAAACAUAGAAGUGCAUUUCAGGCUUUACAAGCUUGUAAUUGUGGUAGAAGUAGAAGAGAUAGAGAGGAUCCUUUUGAUUUAUUGAAAGCAAAUAAAUUAUUUUUUGAAUUUCCUGGAUGUUGUAAAUCAAAUGGGAAUGGUUGCUUCAUACUACCUCAAGUAACUAACUCCACCAUCAUUUCUUCUAUGUGGUCAAUUAUUCGUUUAGGAUCAGGAUCAAUGUACAAACCAAGCGCUGGACUUGAUAAUUGGGAUGGAUUUGUUACAAAUGCAAAUUUUCUUUUGCCAUUCGACAUUCCUCUAAUUGUCAAUCGACCUCAAUUUGUACAAGAGGAAUUGUUUAGGAUCAAGGAUGCUAAUGGAUGGUCAAUGAAUGUUGCAGGAUGUGAUUGGACCAAGUUAAAAAAAAUUAAGAAUAAAGAAGAAAAGUUGGUUAAUCCUACUACAAGAAAAGGGCUUAAAUAUAAAAUGAAAUCAGACGAGAUUAAGAUUGAUGGUGGGUCAAUUUGGUCAGCUUUUAAUAAUAAUAAUGAAAAUCUACCAAAAUGGACUUCCACAUCAUCAUCGUCAUCAAUAUUUAACCUGAAUGAUUGUCUAAAGUUUGUUCGUUAUGCACAACUUAACUCAAUCGAAUUUGUCGAGCAUCAGCCGAUAAACACUGCCGCCACCACAUCUGAUAGUAAGGAGAAACGUGCUGCUAAACGUGCUGCUAAAAUUAAUCAAAAGAAGGAACGUGAUAAACCAUCACCAUUAUCAUUAACUCAAAAAGAAAUAACAGCACCAGUAGCUUCAAGUUCUUCCUCUUCGUUAAAAAGUGAUAAUUUAGCUUUAAAAGGUUAUGUUGGCAUAGAGUAUGAGUGCCCUCUUGGUCAUAGAUUUAUGAGUUGUGGAGAUCGACAAAUUUAUAAAUUAGGACACUCUAGUCAUAUUAAGCGUGUAAUUAUUGUCACACCUGAUUCUUCUUUAUCACUUACUUUAAAGCCCAUGAUUAAGAGCACUUUAAAUAAACAAGAAGUAGUAUCACCAUUAUUUGAUAAAGAUGAAUAUGAGCAAUCAUUCAAAGGAAUCUUAUUACCAAAAAAUAGUUUAAUAGUAUUACGUUUACCUUAUAUUCAUUAUAAUCAAUCAGGUGAACCAAUUUAUAAAGAACAAGUUAUUAUUAAUAGUAACAGCAACAACAUCAACAAUUCAUCUUUGACAAAUUUAUAUUUAGAAAAAGGAUUUCUUUUUGUUGAUUUGCCAAAUCCAAAUUUAUUAUCAGGUAAAGAUGAAACAUCAAGUAUUACAUAA